CAUUCCCCGAAUAUUAGAAACUAGAAAGCGCCAGGAAAAGAAUAUAAAUUACAAAACCCUGAGCCCGAGUUGAGGUCGGAACAAACAAGAACCCUAACCUGCGCGGUCUCUCUCUCUCUCUCUCUCUCUCUCUCCCGCGGCACCUAUCCUUGACAAUCGCCAACAAUGGCGGCCAUGCUGCAACCGCAGAUCAUACUGCUAAAGGAAGGAACGGACACUUCCCAAGGAAAGUCGCAGUUGGUGAGCAACAUAAACGCCUGCACGGCAACGGCAGACGUGGUCAGGACCACGCUGGGGCCGAGGGGUAUGGAUAAGCUGAUUCAUGACAACAAAGGCACGGUCACCAUCUCCAACGACGGUGCCACCAUCAUGAAGCUCCUUGACAUUGUCCAUCCCGCCGCCAAGAUCCUUGUCGACAUUGCCAAGUCCCAAGACUCCGAGGUUGGUGAUGGAACCACUACAGUAGUUCUGCUUGCAGGAGAAUUUCUGAAGGAAGCCAAGCCUUUUAUAGAGGAUGGCGUCCACCCACAAAAUUUGAUACGGAGCUAUCGGACUGCAUGCUAUUUGGCACUGGAGAAGGUCAAAGAACUGGCUGUUAGCAUAGAGGGAAAAAGCCUAGAAGAAAAGAAAAGCUUACUUGCUAAAUGUGCUACUACAACACUCUCUUCAAAACUCAUUGGUGGGGAAAAAGAGUUUUUUGCAUCAAUGGUUGUAGAUGCUGUCAUUGCAAUUGGGAAUGAAGAUAGGCUGAAUAUGAUUGGAAUAAAGAAGGUUCCUGGUGGUAACAUGCGUGAUUCCUUUCUCGUAAAUGGUGUUGCCUUUAAAAAGACAUUUUCAUAUGCGGGUUUUGAGCAGCAGCCAAAGAAAUUUGUAAAUCCCAAGAUACUUCUGCUAAACAUUGAAUUGGAACUGAAAUCUGAGAAAGAAAAUGCGGAAAUAAGACUUUCAGAUCCAUCGCAGUACCAGUCAAUUGUUGAUGCAGAAUGGAAUAUUAUAUAUGACAAGUUGGAUAAAUGUGUACAGAGUGGGGCUAAGGUUGUUCUUUCGCGGCUGGCUAUUGGUGAUCUUGCCACACAGUAUUUUGCAGAUCGAGAUAUUUUCUGUGCUGGUCGUGUAACAGAAGAAGAUUUGCAACGGGUUGCUGCUGCGACUGGUGGAACUGUACAAACAUCUGUCAACAACAUUAUUGAUGAGGUUCUUGGAACAUGUGAGCUUUUUGAGGAAAGCCAAGUCGGAAAUGAGAGGUUUAAUAUAUUCUGUGGGUGUCCGUCGGGCCAUACAGCCACCAUAGUUCUGCGUGGUGGAGCUGAUCAGUUUAUUGAGGAAGCUGAGCGGAGUUUACACGAUGCAAUAAUGAUUGUUAGGAGGGCUAUGAAGAACUCCACUGUAGUUGCUGGGGGUGGUGCGAUAGAUAUGGAGUUAAGUCGAUAUCUUAGACAGCAUGCUCGCACAAUAGCUGGGAAAUCUCAACUUUUUAUCAACUCUUAUGCUAAAGCUCUUGAGGUUAUUCCACGGCAGUUAUGUGAUAAUGCUGGAUUUGAUGCAACGGAUGUACUGAACAAAUUAAGACAGAAACACGCACUUCAAUCUGGUGAAGGUGCAAAUUAUGGUGUGGAUAUCAAUACUGGUGGAAUUGCUGAUUCAUUUGCUAAUUUUGUCUGGGAGCCUGCAGUUGUGAAGAUUAAUGCUAUUAAUGCUGCUACCGAGGCUGCCUGCCUUAUUUUAAGCGUAGAUGAGACGGUAAAAAAUCCAAAGUCAGAGAGUGCACAGGGAGAAGCUGCUGCUAGUGCCAUGGGUGGUAGAGGACGUGGAGGUGCUUUUCCUGGUCGUGGACGUGGUAUGCGACGUCGAUGAGCACUUCAGACUUAAAUUUGGAAAGUACGAAUUCUUACUUGUGUGGCCUUUUUUAUUUUCAACCGUCAACUGUCAGGAGCGGCACAUUGUAGUUGAAAUCAAUUCCAUAUGUUUGAGCAACUUCUACUUUUUUUUUUUGGAAUUAGAAUAGUUGGUAUCCAUUUUGAGAAUCUAAUUUGUGUUUCUUGUAUUUACUUUUUUGGUUGCUGGGGAAUGAAGUGUUGAAUACUUUUUUGUGGCUUA